AUGCAUUGGUUAACGUUGCUACUAGGCGUCGCCUUUCUAGGGGCUGUCGUAUACAGAGCCCAACAGAAGAAGACCAGUAAAGCCAAGAUCUAUGAGUUUCCAGGCCCAUAUCAGGUUCCUUACAUUGGUCGUAUCCAUGACCUACCCAUCCAGUACAUGUGGUUGAAGUUCUACGAGUGGGCGAAGACAUAUGGACCUAUCUAUCAGACAUCCAUGCUUGGUGCGAAGUUUAUUAUUAUAUCGGAUGAAAAAAUCGCAGAGGAUCUACUUGUCAAACGUGCAAAGAUCUAUUCUGACAGACCCCAAAUCCGAUCGCUCUUCGACGCCAAGAGCACUUAUGGAUCAAUGGAGUAUUUGCCCUUGAUGGGUCGAAACAAAUAUUGGUCUCGUCAAAGACGUUUCACUCACUCUUAUCUGACCGAAGCUACCAACAACCAGUACUAUGGAGUGAUGAACUUUGAAGCGAAAAGAUUUCUCAACAACUUGCUCAUCAACCCUGACAACUUUGGUUUCUGGCUUGAAGAUAUGGCUUCCAAGAUCAUGUGCCAGCUCACAUGGGACGACACCAGCUUCAGCGCUAUGUACACUCAAAACGCUUGGGGGCUUCUCACUCAGAUGUCUCCCGCUGGACCCAUUACAAAUCUGAUAACUCCACUCUGGGAACUGCCCAUUCCAAUCAACCCAUGGAAGAAAGCUGAACGUAUUCGACAUGACGAACAACAAGCCUUAUGGAUGAAGCUCUUGUUGAACACACGCGCCAAGCUCGAAAAGGGUGAGGCUCGAUCCUGCUUCACCAAAACAUAUCUCCAGAAUGAGAAGACCACGAAUCUUUCUGGUGACUACGAGGCUUCUUCUGUUAUCGGUAUGAUGGCUCUAGUCGGUAUCUUCACUGUCGCCGGUCCUCUCUGGUACUUCCUCGCAGCCAUGGCGCUUCAUCCAGAGUGGCAAAAGAGAGUCCAAGAGGAGAUUGAUGAGCAAUGUGAAGGAAGAAUGCCAACGCUGGACGAUGCGCCAAAGCUUCCAAUUCUGAGAGCUUGUAUUGUGGAGACACUUCGCUGGAAGCCUAAUGUGCCAACUGGUGUUGCACAUGAGGUUGAAGCCGAUGAUUGGUACAAUGGCUGUUUCAUCGCUAAGGGAAGUCGUAUCUUACCUCUUGACUGGGCAUUUAUGCACAAUGAAGACAAAUACCCAGACUCCUACAAUUACCACCCAGAACGCUACCUUGAAGAAAAAUGGCCCACAUACAAAGAGCCACUCACCCAGUUCCCAACAGUAAAAGGCCUCACCUCCUUCGGAUUCGGCCAACGCCAAUGUCUCGGCCAGUCCCUAACCCAUGAUGAACUCAUCGUCGCUUGCGGCGCUCUCUGCUGGGGAUUCAACAUGAAGAAGAAGAUCAACCCCAAGACCGGCAAGGAGAUUGAGAUCGACAUCAACAAAUCUAACUCUCUUCUUAUCGUUAAGCCAGAUGCUUUCCAGAUGGCGUUUGAGCCCAGGACUCAAGACAGAAGAAAGGAAAUUGUUCAUCAAUGGGAGGUCGCUGAGAAGAAGGAUAUCGAGGAGCGUGCUGAGUUUUUGAGGAGCGCGAAGGCGAAUUUCGUUACGGUUGCUGCUUGA